UCUCUCAAUAAAAGCACCCGAAAAAUAUCCGUUAUAAAUGUUUAGUAAUUUUAUUCAAGAGUGGGUCAAAGGAUAAAGUGAGAUUUCAUUGGCUGUUGAGUUAGUGCAUGAAAACUAAAGUUUAGUGGGACCAUUCACUAAUAACGUUAAUGUUAAAACAUCUUUAUCAUUGAGAAUACGGACAAUUUCAUAGUUUUAUUUCAUGCCCUCUUAAACUUGUAUACAAAACCACGUGGGUAAUUGAAGCGUUGAUUGAUCUGUCAUUUUAACUUACUUUGGCGCAGAUUCCAGGCGGAUUACGAAACUUGGUCUUGUUUUCUGUCUGAAGUGAGUCAGAUAAAUAAAAUUUCUUUAAAAUUAAUGUAUUAGUACGAUCAUUUGGCACUUCAACGGCGAGUAGGCAACAUGUCGGUAGCAUCUAUAGCUCGUUUCUCAAUAAAACGCUUAUUUAACUCCACCAUUUUCCACCGUCGAAUUGCAUCUUAUGUUGAUCCUGCUUUUGGUCUUGAAGAUGAAAAAUUAGAAAUUCAACGAAUUGCUGGAGAUUUUGCAUCCAAAGAAAUGUUUCCUCAUAUGGCUUAUUGGGAUGAAAAGGAGAUAUUUCCUGCUGAAACAUUACGAAAAGCUGCUGCCUUAGGCUUCGGUGCUAUAUACACCUCUGAAAAAUAUGGCGGGUCUGGUAUGACACGAUUAGAUGCAUCAAUAAUUUUUGAAGCAUUGUCCCAUGGUUGUGUUAGUACAACAGCCUACUUAACUAUUCACAAUAUGUGUGCAUGGAUGAUUGAUCAAUUUGGAAAUGAAGAGCAGAAGCAAAGAUUUUUGCCACCACUUGCAACUAUGGAGAAGUUUGCCUCUUACUGUUUAACUGAGCCUAAUAGUGGAAGUGAUGCAGCUUCUUUGAGUACUACUGCUAAGAAAGAUGGGGAUUAUUAUAUUUUGAAUGGGAGCAAAGCAUUUAUUAGUGGAGCAGGAGAUAGUGAUACUUACGUGCUUAUGGCAAGAACUGGAGGAAAAGGACCUAAAGGCAUUUCAUGUAUAGUUAUUGAAAAAGGCACUCCUGGAUUAAGUUUUGGAAAGAAGGAAAGGAAGCUUGGAUGGAACUCUCAACCUACUCGAGCGGUAAUUAUGGAAGAUUGCAAAGUACCAAUUUCAAACAGAAUAGGUGAAGAAGGGCAGGGUUUUAAUAUGGCUAUGCAUGGAUUAAAUGGUGGUCGUAUCAAUAUUGCAUCUUGUUCACUUGGAGCUGCUCAGGCGAGUUUAGAAAUAGCUUGUGAUUAUCUCAAAACAAGAAAACAGUUUGGAAAAUCUCUUUCAGAAUUUCAGCAUAACAGCUUUCUUCUUGCUCAGAUGUCUUCUGACAUAGUUGCAGCUCGUUUGCUGGUUCGAAAUGCAGCAGUUGCUCUUGAGAACAAAGCACCUGAAGCAGUAUCACUAUGUGCCUCUGCAAAAUAUUUUACUACAGAAAAUUGUUUUACGAUAGUCAAUAAAGCAUUGCAAAUGCAUGGUGGCUAUGGUUAUUUGAAAGAUUAUCCUGUGCAACAAUAUUUGAGAGAUAUAAGAGUUCAUCAAAUAUUGGAAGGUACCAGUGAAGUUAUGUUACUCUUGUUGUCUCGUGAUUUGCUAGGGGUAACUAAAUAGGAGGUAAAAUUCUGCAAGGAGCUUAAAAAACAGAAGAAUGACUGGUGAUUAUUGUCCAUCUUCUAAAAUGCAGAUGAAACUGACUGAUAAAUUUUUUUAAUAAAAUAAGCCGCAGGGAUAUUUUUUGCGAAAUUUAUUUAAAAAUCUAUAUUAUCUGUUUCUGUAUGAUCUCUAUGUGAUCUGUUUCUGUAAAUCUACAUGAUCUGUUUUAUUUUAUUUUGUUUAAAGUUUUUUUGAGAUGAUUUUAUAAUUUUCUUGAAGCAGCGUGCCUUAUCACUAACUAGGACAAAAUAGUUUAUAUCUUAUUUCAAUUUGUAGAUGAAGCUAGAAAUUUAAAAAUUAAUUUUAGUAUUUAAUAGUUUUUAGCAUAAUAUUUAAAUAAAGAUAAAUUUUUUAAAAAUAUUCUUUAUAUCUCAAAUAAUCACUCAGCAAAAAAAGAAAAAAAAAAAACUUUGGGAAAACAUGUUUUUAUUUUUUAAAAAGACUAAAAAUCUAAUGGUUUAAGUGAAUAGCUAUGAUAAUGACUGAAACAAACUAUUGUGUGUGCUAGAACAGUAAUAAGAGAGUUCUUCAAAUUUAAUUAUCAGUAAUUGUUUUAAAAAUAUUACUGUGUUUAAUUCAAACGUUUUGAUUAAAUUAGAGCGUUUAAGAAUAUUUCAUUAACUUUAGUAGAGUAUCACAGUAAAAAAUAUAUUAUGAUUCUUUUUUUUAAAUUUAUUUUUCAAGUAAAUAACCCAUUCUGUAAUAUACUCUACAAUAAUGCUUUUAAUCAUUGGUUCUAUUUUCUCUUUUAUUAUGCAAAAAAAUGUGUUAUAAGUUCAAUUUUGAAUUUUAUUUACUGAGGAAAUAAUUUUUUUUCCAUUUUAUUGUGAAACUUUUUUGCUGUAAGUGAGUUAAUCAUAGCUUUUCGAUAGGCAUAUUGCACUAAAGAUAUGUAGUGCUGCUUGAAUUUAUUUAAUAAAACAAACUUUUAUAACUUUGAUAAAUAUUUUUUUUUGUAUCACUUUUCUAUAUCAGUCAUAUGAAUUGUUUAGUCUUUUUAACUGCUUCCUACUAAUAUUAUUAAUAAUAAUGAUAAGUGUCCCAAAAUUCGUGCAAAAUUUGGAUUUGGCACCAUUUUUGUGAUGAAAUUCUGACGAUCAAGAAAAAAACACCUUACAGUUUAGGAUUAUCAAAAAUUGAGCACUUCAUUAAAAAAAUAAUGUAUUUUCAUUGUUUGAACAAUAUUGAGUUAUUCCCUAGUUUGGUUAUCUUCUGUUUUGAUGAUUAGAAUUGCAUGUUCCAGAUUAUGCAAUUUAAUGCUGUAAGAUCUCUCUCUCUCUUUUUUUUUUUUUAAGGAUUAUGUCAAUAAGCCCACAAUCACCCAUGUCUUAAAUUAGAAAACUAAGUUUUUUUUCCACCAAAAUUUAGCUAUAUUUAUCAGAACCAUAUUUGAGAAUUUCAAUUUGAUGUAAGAGUGUAUUUGUUCUAGCAAAAUUGGGAAUAUUAUUUAUGGGAUAUCUUAUUCCAUACUAAACCCUAUACUACUAUAUACUUUAUGAGUCAAUAAACAAAAUGUUACAUUUAUUUAAUUAAAAAUCUGUGUUUUCAUCCAAAUUACAUUUUUUCGAAUUUUAGUUGACCCUUUAAUAACGAAUCACUGUCAUGCAUAUAAUAAACAAACUUUUUAUUUCAAACUUCUUUAGGAAAAGAAAAUGCUGAUUUUUUAAAUGGAAAAGAUUUAUUUACAUUUCAUGGAAAAAAAUUAUACUCUAUUGCUUUUCGAGAGAAUUAAAAAAAUCUAAGUAUUUUGCUGCUGUCAGAUCUGAAAAAACUCUUCAAAUCAAUGUGCUUGUAUAAAAACAUUUGUAUUUGUUAUUAUUUCAUGUUUUGAGAAAAAGUGUUUUGAAAAAAAAAGUGUUAAUAAUCUCAAAAUAUAUAAUACUAACAAAAUACAUAUAGA